AUGGAGAAAUUACAAAAGAUUUAUAUGGAUUACAAACGAUGGGUGAUUAAGAAUCCCUGGCUAGUGGCGGAUAUAGAAACCUUAGCGACGUGGUCUUCUUAUUUUAUGGCGGUAAAUAAGGACAAAUCACCUUUAACAUCAGAACUGGUGUAUACGCUCACAAAACUCGUAUCGUUCCAUAACGACAGGAUUUUACGAGAAACUUAUGAUACUGAGGACCUUUAUUACGGUCAGCGGGACCAGAUCAAAAUGUGGUUGACUAUAAUUCACUACAGUGAAGUUUUUAUUGAAAUGCUAGUGAAAAACAAAUGCGGAUCGCAAGCUAAAUGGACGGUCGUAACAUUACUGCAAGUUUUUAAAUGUUCUUCAGCUCUUGUCCUGCUGUUCAGGUUUAAGGAGUUGCCAAUACAGCAUCCACCGAUACCGGUGUUACGAAGGAAGGAACUCAUUGAAGGAAGAAAGAUUGACCAGAACUCUAAUACAUGUUUUGUUCUACCAAGAUCGGGACGAGUAAUGAGACGUGUUGUUGGAUCUCAAGGCGUCGCUUUCCGUGACUGGGAGCCCAUGAAAAUAAAGGAAGACUCUGGAGCAUCAAACGUGAAAGAUCUGGUUUUUGCUGAGUCAUUGCAUAUCUUGAAGCCUUUAAUACAUUUAGCAUCUAUGAAAUUAUUUGGAACUAAAUCGCGGAAGCAAUGGCUUGUAGCCCUUUUUGUGGACAUGAUCCCCGAGGCCGGCGAUAAGCUGCGCGCGCGCACUAUCCGCACCGAUCUUUUGUACGAAAGCAGGUCAUUCACCUCAGAACCGGAUAUCGAUGGAAUUUGGAUAGUGAUAAGGGUUUGUGGUUGGUUCUCAGCGUGUGGAUGUCGGGGCGGAGCCCUAGCAUCACCACGGGGCUCCAUCUCUGCUCUGCUGCGGGCGCGAGCCUUCGCCCUCGUGUCGCCGCGCGCCAUAUCUGCGUACCGAGCGCGACCGGCCUCCGAGAGCGGGCGUGUAGGGGCGCAGUACGAGCGUGCGGCGGCGCGGCCCGGCACGCCGCUGCGCCUCGCAGGCGUGUUCGCAGACGGCAGCAAGGCUAAGGCGCCGAAAUAUGCUCAGCUCAUCGAUCCGCAGGGGAACAACGCAAUAUUAAUUAUGUCGAACAGGAUUUGA